GUGCACGCGGGGGCGGGUACGUGCCGACGUCACACGGCUCUGUCUUCACUGUCAACGCCAAAAUAAAACGAGUAAAAACUUUUUCGUGUCGGACUCGUAAGGUUACAAACACAUGGCAGCUGGGGCUACGGGGCUGGAAGGGGAGCCGUUGUUCUCCCGGCUGUAAUGGUUGUUCGAGCCGGGCUCUGUGCGCCUAGCAGAGGAGGCUGUUGUUUUCUCUCUCUUUCCUGGGGUCUCACGGGGAGAGCCAGCGGGCUGGAGCAGUUUAGCCGACUUGCUAGCUUAACGUCAAGUUGGAAGAAAGUGGAGAAGACGCCGGCCAGACGGGAGCUUAACCGCCUACACAGACCUAUGCGACGGACAGCAGGGCAUUCGUCAGACCAGAGUCCAGACCAACGCUGGCACAGUAUGUGGCAAUAGCUGAUGUUACUAUAGAGCAAGUGAGAGGUAAGUGAUGGAGACGAGAGAGUUGAGCGUGGUAGCUGGCAGCUUCGUGGGAUUCCAGCUUUUCUUCUCAGUGGCCAGCCCGCGGCUCUCCUCCGCCUUCGCACCGGGUUAUGGACGACUGCCUCCAGCGAAGCUCACCGAGUGGAACUCCAGGUUGGUGUCUACCGUGCACGCCUUGAUUGUGGGCUUGUUCUGUUUGUACAUCCUGUGGUUCGAUGAUGUGGUCAACGCCAACCCUGUCUGGGGUGACCCCUAUCUUGUCAAACUAAAUGUAGCCAUAACCUGUGGCUACCUCCUUUACGACCUCGUGCUGCUAGCAUGUAACUGGAGCACGAUGGGAGACAGCUUUUUUGUCUGCCACCACUUGGCGGCGCUCUACGCCUAUGGAUAUGUGUUGACACGUGGCGUGCUUCCCUACUUUGCCAAUUUUCGUCUCAUUUCAGAAUUAUCCACGCCGUUUGUGAACCAAAGGUGGUUCUUCGAGGCAUUAAAGUACCCCCGCUCACACCGGUUGGUGGUGCUGAACGGCGUUGCCAUGUCGGUAGUGUUCUUUCUCGUGCGCAUCGCCGUCAUGCCGUCCUACUGGGCCAGUGUUUUCGCCACUUUCGGCACUCCAGAGUUCGAUCGGCUGGGUUUGGGCGCUCAGGUGGCCUGGAUCACCUCCUGCAUCGCCCUGGAUAUCUUGAACACUAUCUGGAUGUAUAAGAUCACCCGCGGCUGCUACAAAGUCCUGACCGGGAGAGGAGGGCGAAAGGCGAAGGAAGGGGCGGAGGCGUCGUCUUCCUCGGACAAGAAGCACGUCAACAACCACACAGACUGAAGAGAUUUAGAGCAGAAAGGAAAUGAAGACAGAGACCUGAGCAGGGAGGGAGGCUGGACACCCAGGAACCUCACAGCCUCUCUCUUUUGCUGCAGCCUCGACGUCCCUCCCACACCCACCCUCAGUCUCUGCCCUUGAUCUCCUUGAAGUCGGAUAGCAGACCGGGCAAAGAGUUCUCAGGUUCUGACCCCGACACGGUACGAGGAGACUGCUCUUUGACUCAAUCAAGCACCAGCGCUCGCAGCCUCAGUGUUCUCACUGACUGAUUAGCAUCCUGCUGUGUGAUAGCUUUCAGACGACAAGGUACAGCUCACAAGCACACUUUUACCGCCAUCUGUUACUCUCCUCUUCUGUCACUACUCACCAUUCCUCUGUCACCUCCUCUUAGUCCACUUCAGCCAAAGCCCAAUCCUCUGAAGUGCCUGUGAAACACAGGAAAGCAAUAACAGUGGAGGAGUAGGAUCACUAACAGAGUUUAGCCCCUUCAGAAGAUCUCCCUCAUUGUCACCCCCCGAACCCCUCUCGCUCAUUCUGCACCCACACCUGAGGAGACGUUGCCUACAGAGGGAAGAACUCUCACAUCCGACCCAUACAGUGUUUGUGAAUCUAUAGGGCUCUUGUCUUAAACUCAUCAAACCUCACAAAAAGAGACAGAAAAACACCAUAAUGCCUCUUCUACAGUAUCACCUGCUGUGGCCUCCUUGUAACAAGUGGCGCCUACCUAUAUCACCAGCCAUGCCCCUCCAACCUCUUUAUAAUUUGGAUUUUUUUUAAUUCAAAACACCAAGAAUAUGCAUGCAGGGGAGAGACAGACACACUCUCCAGCAUCCUUAGCUUCUCACAGGACGGCUUUGUGUUGUCAGUAUUCAUCGUGGUGGCAUCACUGUGUUUUUUUUGUUUGUUUGUUAGUCGUCUAAGAUGGUCUGUAGUAAUUUCAGUAGUCUAUCUUUCAUUGCAAACCUCUGCCUCACUGGGUAGGACUCCACUGUCCAACUUGAACGUUUUUGUUCUACCUCUGCCUUACAAAGACGCUGUCAGUCGACUCCUCGUGAGUUAAUCUGUUGGGUUUUUUCUUCUUUUCACUGUAAAAAAACGUGACUUUAUGCUUCAAAACAUGAUCCAUUGUGAUAUCACUGGCUCAGAGGUACUUCUCCCUCCCCUCGUCCUCUUCCCUGUAGCCGUCUUCAGAGCUUAUUCCAGCCAAUGCAGUGAAACAGAGCAGCAUCACUUUCCUCACAAACUCUGUCCAAGUCGGCGCAGUCUGGCUUCUUCUUCCAUGUUUCUCCUCUGUUCUCGGUGACUCGGAGAACCUAAUUGAUGGAGGGAGUAGGAAAAGUUCACACGCGUGCUCCACUUCUUUUCAUUUUUUCUUCUUUCCUCAAACUUGCACAUGCACAGGUAGCGUGCAAUCAAAACACUGUAUUUGGUGCCCUUUUAAAACGCCAACGUGGUGCUCGUCCUUUUGCAGAAUGUCAGCGAUGGGAAUGCUAGCAAUAUGCCUUUUUUUUUUUUUUUUUAAAUUCUCUAUCGAAUAAUCGGAUUCGUUUGGAUGUGCCCGACAUGUGAUAACGAUACGCUGUCGAAAAGCAACGUGGCAAUCUGCAUGUUUGUUUUUAUUUUUCUGUAUAAACUGUAAAUCAUCACUGUAGAGCAUGGUAAGGUUGACAUAUUUCUGUGAUGCCUUAGAGAAUAGUAGAUGAGCAACAUCUAAAUAUUAAUUGCAUUAAUCCAAUGCUAAAAAAGGGGUUUGUCUUCCAAAAAUGUUUCUCCCUCUCAGAGCAUACUCAAAGCAUGGACGUGUAGUAUUUUGGAUUAUUUCCUCCUCUCCCUGCAUGUCUGUACAGUAUAUUCACAUACAGGAGCUAUGCAGGCGCCUCCUGCACACUGUAUGUCUAACUCACUAAAUGUUAACACAUUCUCUGUACGCCAGUCGGCUUUACGUAGUUUCACAAACUCAUCACUUCUUCUUGUCGUACAGUCUGCCAUCGGCGGACUCUAAUAACUACAUAGCUGAUACCAAGACGGACAGAAACACAGGAGGCGGCUCAGGUUUGCCUCACAUGUAGAAAUAGAUGACCAGGAAUGAGAUCUACAAAGAAGACGUUCGUACUUGCAGGUUUACUCGUGUUUCUGCCAGAGAACUCCAUCAGUUUAGCAUCACACUCUCAUAACGCUGUCAGACUCUUACUGGACGGUUUUUAAAUGGGCAUUAAUUUGUAUUUCCAUUUUUGCUUUGCUGUAGUGGGAUCGCACAUAGAUCAGAGGUGUCAAACUCGUUUUAGUUCAGGUUCCACAUUCACCCCAUUUUGAUCUUCAGUGGCCAGUAACAUCACAACAUGUUAGCCUAUACACAACGACAACUCCAAAUUUUUCCUUUGUUUUAGCACAAAAAUGGUACGUUUUGAAAGUGUGCGCAUUUAAGGAGUCAUCUUUUUACAAAACAUCAUGAACAUCCUGAAAUUCUGAAAUUUCUUAAGAGAAAUAAGUUCAGUUUCCACAGUAUGCCUCAUUUUACUAGUUACACAUUACAACCUACAAAUCAUAGGAACACAGCAUUUAGUCACAGCUAUCUGGAACUGAAUGACAUAGUGUUUUACUUUAUGAUCAAAAUGACAAAAGUCAGACAAAAAAAGACAAAAUGCAACAAAAACAAGACAAAACAUUGCAAAAACGAGACGCAAAACAACAAAAAAAUAGGUAAAUGACACGAAAAAAAAGACAAAAAAUUACACAAAAAGUUACAAAGCGACAAAAAAUGGACAAACAACACAAGCGAGACAAAACGACACGAUGAAAACGGGACAAAAAAACUACACAAAUGACAAAAACAAGAAACAAAAUGACGACAAAAACAAGAAACAAAAUGACGACAAAAACAAGAAACAAAAUGACGACAAAAGUCAGACAAAUAACAAAAAGAAGACAAAAUAGUACAAAAUGACAAAAGAACCAUGGAAAAUAUAGAUCUAUAAAUUAUUUUAAAUUUAUAGUUUUACAAAAUUACAGUUUGCAGUUAAUGUCUUCUCUGUAAUUUCUACACUUUACAAAGUCGUCCUGCGGGCCGGAUUGGACCCUCUGGAGGACCGCUUUUGGCCCACGGGCCUCAUGUUUGACACCGCUGACAUAGAUCAAGUGUGCAGGACGCAACAAGGAGUCAAACAGUGGAAAACCUCAUGAAAAUAUGGCGUUUUUAUUUGUGUCAUCAUGACUUCACAAAAAUUAGAUGUUUACGUCUCUGCGGCGGAAGUCUCAGCGGUUCCCAAAAUGGGGGUUAGGACCUUCUCAGAGGUCACCAGACGCUGAGUAGGACCACAAAAAGAUUUCCAGAAAUUAUGUAAAAUAGAAAAUGUGUAUUCUGGCCAUUAAACUUCAUAAUUGUUGCAAGAAGAUAAAAAACUAGUAGUUGUGGCUGAACAAUUAGUCAGUUUUCAAAUCAAAAUCACAAAAUCCUGCAAAUUAAGACAAACAUUUUUCAGUCCGUCUGAUCCAUAGUUUAAACUGUUGUCAGUGCUUUAUAUAAAUUCCUGGCGUCUCAUGUAGUGACGCUCCAUCAUUAAGCUUCACUUUUAAAAAAAAAAUAUUAAAAAUCAAACUCUUCUAACUUCAAACAUCCAUUUUUGUUGUGUUUGUUUAAAUUCUCUCCUACGGCUUAGUGCAGCUGUUUUUUCCACAUUUACAGACUUUGGCGUGCUGGACUGGUGGAGUUUGUGCGUUUGUGGCCGAACAGAUCGUUAAAAUAGUGUGAGAAUGCGUGGGUCGGUGCCGUCACUGUGGAAAUCUAAAGCACACUCCCUGUGGAGCCGUUACUGUGAUCUUCUGUGUUUCUGUCUGUCGCCACAAAAGGAGGGGCUACAGUAUCUUGUGCCUUUUACAUAAACGGUGGAUGUGAUGCAGUGAGAUUUGGAUUAGCAUGAACUUUCUAAUGUAAUAUCAAGUGAUUAUCUCCUCUGUAUUCCUUGCGUAUACUCUGUGUAUAUAUUUUUAUAACCUGCCUGCACAAUGAUUAAUCCGGCCAAGUAUUAUAAUCCAAAGCUGAUCCCUCCUGGGGGAGCCUGUUUUGUGUUGAGUUUUUGUGCUCUCCUGAGUAGAGGGGUGUGUCUCUGAAUGUCGUGAUGGGUUAUUUAGUGGCAUUAGGAUGAUCUCACAUUUGUCCGAGGUGUUGAGAAAUGGAAAUCAAACUAUAUUUUUUUGACGUAAACUCUAUAAGCUAUACAGGUAGUCGACGGGAAGGCUAACAUCUCAUUUCUCUGGCCUCCUAAACUCGAAGCUGUGAAUAUUCAGAGCGUGGGAGACUUUGCUGAGCCCGAUGCACUUCUCAUAGCGGCGUCCUGUGCUUCCUGGUUGUCUUUGAGUUUAGACCGAGACCGCGCCGUUGGCGAAGGUCUCACGCACAAAGUAGAAAGUACACAUCUAAGAAGUACGUGGCCUGGUUGUCUGCAGACUGGACAGACAGAGUUUUUGUACUCGUCAGGGUUUUCUACAGAGUAUAUUUCCAGAGCAGGUAUCUGUGCUCGAUCUCACACCCUGGGGCUGUUUGGAAAUUGACAGUAGAGUUAAUGUUGAGUUUCAUUUGGCUGCUAUUAAAAGGCCGUGAUCUGUACUAAGUAUUGUAUCAGGUUAGAACAACCUCAUGGCCCCUUCUCUUUGGGGAGGCUUGUUCAUUUUAUUUAAAUAUAUAUCAAAAAGGUAUAUAUGAGUCACCUUACUGUCCUUCCAUGUGAUCAAAGUAUUGACCUGUUAUAGGUACAAUAUUAACAAAGCUGCACCUGAAUUUGGUUUUCAAACCAUGUAUUUUACUCGUCCGCUUAAGAGUACACAUGGUACUUAUAGGCAGCAGUAAUUUCUGCCCCGUUUUCUAAAUUCAAAUUUGAUCCUAUGUGUACAAUGAACUCUAAUCAGCAGAAUCUGAAAGAUGACAGCAUUAUUAUUAUAAUGGGUAAAAAAUGAUAAUCAAAUGACUUACCAGUUUCUUUUUUGUUGUUGUUUUCCUGUGAAUGACUGGCCAGUGUGGCUUCUUCUCUUCCUUCCCUUCUUCUUUCUCUUUUUGACUUUUAAUGCAAUGCAAUUUCUUGUUAUGAUCUUGUUCUGUUGUUGUUGUUGUUUUUUUCUGGAGAUUUUAAUGUGAAGCAGCCUACACUACUCACAGCCCUCGGGGGGUUCUUGUCUGAGCGUUACCUUUGUGGCUCGGACUGUCGUCGUCUACAAUGACCACUACUAAUGAUCACGUAAUUGUAGUGCUGAAAGCCCAGACUUACUUGAAAGUGUUGUUCUUCAAUAAAGUUGAAGACGAGAGAAAGUUGA